UAAUCACCACAUCUUUUUUUCGCCUUGCCCCUCAUCCCUACACCACCCCAGGAUCCAAGCCUCUCCUUUUUCCCCCUCUCACUCCUUUUCACUUGCCACUUUGUUCAAAUCCACCAUCCCCACACCUCUUUCUUUCUCUUUCUCGGUGACUGCUGCACUGUCCCGACUUUGCCGUCUCUCUCCUCAUCUCCUUUCCUCUCUUUCUUUCCUCUUCUUUGAUGGCCGGACCACCGCUGAUUUUAUAUAACUCCUUCCCCUCCAUGGCCUUCUCUUAAUUCAAGAAGCAUAUAUGAUCAGUUGAUCCUAAGAGGUAGUACUGGAUUGGCUAGGAGAUUGGAGUUCUCCAUUUGAUCAUUGAACUAGCUGCAAGGUUGUAACAUUCCAUUGCUCGAUCUUCCAAUGCUGCAAAGGAACCUGCCAAAUCUCUCCCUCCAGAUCAGCCCGCCGGCCGCCUCGUCGGCUGCGUCUUCUGAGGCACCUGAGGUGGCGAAGCCUCUGCUGACAGAGCAAAACAUGGCGUCGUACGCUGAAGGAAGCGGCGAGGUAGGGUUGUUUGCAAACCCUAGCUCCGCCGCCGAGCCCCCAGGCCUGAGCCUGGGCCUCGGCACGCCGGCGCGUGGCGACGACGCCGGACGUCGGAGCCACCCGCACCCGCAGGGAUGCGCGUUCAAGCGCGCGGCCGCCAGGGCGUCCUUUCUGGGGUCGAAGCGGAGCGCCCGGGCGCCGCGGAUGCGGUGGACCACCGCGCUCCACGCGCGCUUCGUGCACGCCGUUGAGCUCCUCGGCGGCCAUGAGAGAGCGACGCCGAAGUCGGUGCUGGAGCUGAUGAACGUCAAGGAUCUGACGUUGGCGCAUGUCAAGAGCCACCUUCAGAUGUAUAGGACAGUGAAGAGCACGGACAGAUCGUUACACAUCGACACAGGAGAGGCGUUGCAGCUGCAGAGGACGGCGACAGGGGUGGAGGCGGCGGCAGGAGGUGGCGGUGGCGAUGCUGGAGGUGGGGUGGCACCAGUGCCAGCAGCAUGUGACGACAUGGUUGGGAUCUGCGGCUCUCCUGCGGCGGCCUCUGCGGCGACUACUUCCGCUGCUCAUUUCCUCUGUGCGCCAGCAGCAACUGCUCCACUGGCCGUAGUAUCGUCACCUCCUCCACCCAUUCCCCCGAGGAGGACUGACCACACAGCAGUGCUGGAAAAAGGUGUUGCACUUGUUGACUCGUUGCACCGGCGUCAGAAACAUAAUUAUUCACCGGUGCUUCAAGAUACUCAGGCAGCUCAAGAAGAGGUAAACGGUCACCUGGCAAUGGGACUGCAUGCGAGCGUCGAAGCGGUCGCCACAAACUGCACAAGCCUAGCGAGCUCCUCUCCUUCUCUCGCAAGUCUGGAGCUGCUGACGGACGACAUGUAUGCGCCGAACUUGGAGAUCUCCCUCGGGAGGCAGGACUGGAACAUGGAGCGUCCAAAAGACCUCAGCCUAAAAUACUUGUGAAAAAAUAAAUUUUCUAGAAUUGGUUUCGCUAACUAACCAUUGAUAAACCUAAUUAACCGAGUACUUGUAUGAUUUUUGGGUCCGAUUUACCUCCUAAACUGAAUCGAUUCUCUUCUUUUAUGAUAAAAUUGGCAGAUCUUGUACCAUAGUUUUGAAAAAAAAAAGAUAAACCACUGUGA